UAAGACAAAACCACUGCACUGGAAUGCGCCUCGCGUCGAAUAAGAAUCUCGAAGAACAGCGCCGCGUGCCAUAGCCCACGUGUUUAGUGCGCCUCCCGGCUGGGAACCAGUGACAGCCGCACAUAGACGCCAUGCGGCUGAAUCUGCAUCGACGGAUUGCUCUCAAGCUGGUUCAGGGCACGGGCCUCUGUUGGCCAGCUAUUCAGAAUCCAAACACGGCGGCGGCUGAGAAUGGCGAGUCUAGACCUUCAGCCCCGAGCCUAACAGAGAAGGGUCUGCCUGGGAGUGAAGAGAGAGAGAGAGAGAGAGAGAUUUUGUGUGAUUGGGCUCCACCGGAUUUGCAAAUGAAGAAACGAACAGCUAGUAUUCGCGAGACAUUCGGGUGGGAUGAUUUACUCGUCUCGUACUCACAGCCGUCGAUACGACCGCUGGAAUUGGCAUCAAAUGAAUCUCGCGUCCCAUCGGUUUCUUGUCUUGGAAACGAAGGCCGGUCGAAUCAUCCCAAAAACUGCCCUGUCAAGGAUUUGCUCGCUAGUGCCAGUAUUGGACAUUUCCCGAUCCGGGCAAACACGAAUUAUCGGCCGCUCCACCCCAUGUCUCGGGUGAAAAGGGCAAAUUAUAAAUACGAAUAGCGGGCCAAGAAGCAGCUCAGCAUUGGGAUGGGGUGGCUUUUUGAUUAAAUC